UCAUAUUGUCGCCAGUAUAAUUCCGCAUUUAUCAACAUGGCGGCGGUCAAAUUUCGUCCACAUUUGAAGGAACUCCGAAUUCUUUUGUGUCAAACGUCGAAGUCUAGUCAAGGAGUGAGAGAUUUUAUUGAGUCCCAGUAUGUUCCCCUGAAGGUCGCGAACCCACAGUUUCCAGUUUUAAUAAGGGAAUGCUCGAAUAUCGAGCCAAGGUUGUUUGCCCGAUAUGAAUUUGGCAAGGAGUCAUCAGCGUCACUCGCGAACCUGAAAUCCGAGGAAAUCUUCAAAAAAGUUCAGCAAUUCGCCUCUGCGAAUCCUUGAAGCUCUGCACCGCAGCCAAAUUCCCCAAUGUACCAUAAUCUAUGCUAGUACACAAUAUAACAAAAUAAAACCUGAUUCAACAUCAUUAGGAAAGAGAAAAAUCCAGAUAUAGUCUUGGAAACCACUUUAUUGCAUACAUAAUACAAUUUAUCAAAAUAAGUAUUGGAAUCUUCAAACAAAAAAUGAAAGGAGAGCAUAGUUGUCAGCACCUGGCGACGAUUCAUUGCAGUGUCUUCACAUAAUGUGAGAACUGAAAUUAUCCAUCAGUGUUUGGAAUUUAAUUUUCCAUCGUCACUUGGUCAAUUUUUCUGGUUGAUUGAUGACGAAUUUUCAACUAUUUGGAGAUUGAAGAAUGGGCUCUAGUUAAUUGUCAUAUGGAGGCAGGCCGAAAAGUUCUGGUUUGAAUCCUUCUAAACUCCCAAGAACUAUAGUUGCUUUCUUAGUUAGUUCCCUUGGUAAAUUUGGAUCAGGUACCAUAACAACUUGCAUUCCUGCACUUAGAGCUGCUUGAACACCAUUCGGUGCAUCCUCAAACACUAGGCACUGAAAAAACAUCAAAUUUUAAGCAUUCAAGUAAAUUUUUGACGUGAAAUUCAAUAAUGAAAUGCACUAAAAAAAGGAAUUCCGAGUAACUUGUCGAAAAAAUGCCUUGUAAAAAAUUUCUCGGGUUGAAAAUAAAUAUCUUGAAAAUAA